UUGAUGUUAUUUUAAUGGACAAAAAAUAUGCUAUUCUUUCAAAAACAAGGACAUUUCUAAGUGACCCAAAACUUCUGAACAGUAGUGUAUAUACACACACAUGUACAAGUAAGUAAUUAAGCAUUCCAAUAAUCCACUCAAUCAAUCAUGUUUCCAGUUUAAAUCUCAGGUUUUCUUUUCAAAUCUUAGAAAUCUCUGUCUUUGCUUUGCCAUCACUGUGAGAAGUCCUUCAAGAAGAGAUAUACGUUCAAGAUGCAUCUCACACACAUCCGGAGUGUUGACAACAGCAGGUUCAAGUGUGAGUUCUAUGACUGUGACAACAAGAAGCUCCUGCUCAACCACCAGCUGUACCACACCAACUAUGGGCCCUUUAAAUGUGACUACUGUAAAUACUCCACCUCUAAAGAGGACUUCCUGGUCUCUCACCUGGCCAUCAAACACACAGGAGAGAUACCGUUCUCCUGUGUGAUGUGCCACUUCACGACGAAACACCGUAAGAACCUGCGGGUCCAGUGUCACCACCCGGAGGCGUUUGAGGAGUGGCGCGCUACGCACCCUGAGAGGCCCAUCAGACGGAGGAGGAGACCCUUCUUUACCCAGCAGCAGCUAGAGGAACUCAAACAGCAACACAACAACACGUCGGGCCUACAUCGAACGUCUGGAGAGCCUGGUCCCAGACCUGUUAGGGUUGAUUAGAGGCAUAGCCUGGUCCCAGACCUGUUAGGGUUGAUUAGAGGCAUAGCCUGG